AGCGUUCAUCGAUUUCGGCAAGCAGAAGAAGUCGGCUCCGGUCAUUGCGCCAUUGUCGUGAUCGUAGCAGAAGCGCAUGCACGGCUCCUCAACGCCCUUGUUGGAGCAGCAUUUCAAGAUGUCCAACAUAUUGGCAUGGCAACGCAUUGCCGUUGGAAAGCUGGCUACACAUUCCUCUUUCAGAAAGGUGCUCGCCAACAAGUUAUGAGGAAUUCUGCUGCACAAGCUGGAUUGACAUGAUUUCGGUACAGCAUUCUUUUGGCAGCAAUCGGACACGUCUGUAG